GAGAGGGAGAGAGAGGAGGCUUCUCAUGUGCCUUUUUUUCUGCACAUCACUUUGGAAAUUCGCUCUCGCGCAGUCGUGCUUAAAGCUGAAAGCUCACCUGCCGGGCUUCCGUGGCCGUGAGCCGCCGUGCAGCUGAUUUAACAGGAUAACCAGACUAACUGCCUCUCCCGAUCUUGCCCUUGAUUGAUUUCCGUCGAACAUUCCUCCAAUCACUGUCAUGAUUUUCUUCUUUCCUGCUGUUUGAAAGUGACCGGCUGCAGGUGUUUUGUUUUUUCUUUUCUUUUUUUCGGUUUUAUUUUUGCGCUCCAAUUUGCGCCAGCGAGGACUGGCAAUAUGUAAUUUGGGGACAGACACUGCGUUUUUCUUUUUUUUCUUUUUGGAGAAGUGGACUAUCUCUCUGCUGGAAUUCAUUAUUGUAUUCUAUUUUUUAAACCCUUUCUGCUUUACUCUGUCGACCGGAGCAGAUUCGGAUACACCGUGAUGGUGUGGGGCUAUUAGAACUAACCACAAAGUGUACGCCAUCAUUUGGAAACUGCUUGUUGGACUGAUAAAAAAAAAAUGAAAGCUCCCAUCCCUCUUCUGAUCCUGCUUCAUGCUGUUGUGGUCCACUGCCUGAAAGUUGUGUCGAAGAGAGGCUCAGUGGAAGGCUGCACAGACUGGUCGGUGGACUACCUGAAAUACAAAGUGCUUCUGGGGGAACCUGUAAGGAUUAAAUGCGCUUUAUUCUAUGGAUAUAUUCGGGCCAACUACACCCAUGCACAGAGCACAGGACUUAGCCUUAUGUGGUACAAAAGCGCAGGACACGGGGACUUUGAGGAACCCAUUAGUUUCGAUGGCACAAGGAUGAGCAAAGAAGAGGACGCCAUAUGGUUCCGACCAGCAGAGUUGGACGAUGUAGGAUACUAUUCCUGUGUCUUAAGGAACUCCACGUACUGCAUGAAGGUGUCCAUGUCCCUCACGGUGGCGGAGAAUGACACAGACCUCUGCUACAACUCCAAAAUGAGGUUCUUCGAGAAGGCGGAGCUGAGCAAAAGCAAAGACAUCAUCUGCCCAGGCAUUGAGGAUUAUGUACAGCAAGGAAUGGAGCCUGAGAUCGUGUGGUACAAGGAGUGCAAGCCAAAGCAGUGGAGACAAACCAUUGAAAGGAAGAAGGACAUUCUCUCCAUCAAGGAAGUACGGGAAGAUGACAUUGGGAAUUACACGUGUGAAGUGCCGUUUGGGAACUUUGUGGUGCGAAGGACUACUGAGCUAUCGGUCACAGCUCCCCUGACAGACAAGCCGCCAAAAAUCCUUUUCCCUUCAGAGAGCCAAAUGAGCAUCAUAGAAAUGGCAAUAGGAAGUCCAGUUAACUUGACGUGCAGAGCGUUCUUUGGAUACAGCGGAGAUGUCAGUCCACUCAUCUACUGGAUGAAGGGGGAGAAGUUUAUCGAGGACCUGGAUGAGGAGAGGAUUCAGGAGAGCGACGUCAAGACAAUCCGGGAGCACCUGGGAGAGCAGGAGGUUUCGAUCUCUCUGACCAUCGAGUCUCUGGAGGAGGCCGACCUGGGCAACUACUCUUGCUACGUGGAGAACGGCAACGGGCGGCGACAGGCCAACGUCCAACUCGUCAAGAAAGCGGAGCUGAUGUAUACUGUGGAGCUUGCCGGAGGUCUGGGAGCCAUCCUGAUGCUGCUCAUCUGCCUCGUGACGCUGUACAAGUGCUACCGGAUCGAGCUCAUGCUCUUCUACAGGAACCACUUCGGCAGCGAGGAUAUAGAUGGAGAUAACAAGGACUACGACGCCUACUUGUCCUACACCAAAGUGGACCCGGACCAGUGGAGCCAGGAGACCCGAGAGGAGGAGCGCUUUGCCCUGGAGAUCCUCCCCGACGUGCUGGAGAAGCAUUAUGGGUAUAAACUCUUCAUUCCAGACAGGGACUUGAUCCCCACAGGAAGUUUCACCAAUGAUCAUUUCCAGGAUGACACAAGACUACUUAGAGCCUACAUCGAGGACGUAGCACGCUGCGUGGACCAGAGCAAGCGGCUCAUCAUCGUCAUGACCCCCAGCUAUGUGGUGCGGAGGGGGUGGAGCAUCUUUGAGCUGGAGACGCGGCUGCGCAACAUGCUGGUGACCGGCGAGAUCAAAGUAAUCCUGAUUGAGUGUGCCGAGCUGCGCGGCAUCAUGAACUACCAGGAAGUGGAGGCCCUCAAACACACCAUCAAGAUGCUCACGGUCAUCAAGUGGCGCGGACCGUCCAGCAACAAGCUCAACUCCAAGUUCUGGAAGCAGCUGCUAUAUGAAAUGCCCUUCAAGCGCAUGGAGCCCCUGAGCAUCUCCCACGAGCAGGUGCUGGACGUCAGCGAGCAGGGCCCCUUCGGGGAGCUCCAGACCGUCUCGGCCAUCUCCAUGGCGGCGGCCACCUCCACCGCCAUGGCGACGGCGCACCCGGACUUGCGCUCGACCUUUCACAACUCUUGCCACACCCAGAUGAGGCAGAAACACUAUUACCGUAGCUACGACUACGACCUGCCACAAGGCGGCACACUCCCGCCGCUGUCCUCGCUAGGCAACCAGCACACCUACUGCAACAUCCCCAUGACGCUCAUCAACGGACAGCGGCCGCAGUCCAAGUCACCCCGGCAGCAGAGCCUGGAGGAGGCCCACGGCAACAACGCCAUGCUGCCGCUCCUUCCCAGAGAGACCAGUAUAUCUAGCGUUAUAUGGUGACAGAGCCGGGCGGGGUAGACUGUGGAUCUUUAUGAUGUCUGUCACAGGGAGGACUAACCACUGGCACUCAGACCCUGAAAGGAGCCAGGUGAACCUAAAUGGCACUAAGCUACUUGCUGCUGUUGAAUUUUGCACCAGGAAACAACAGAGGGAGGGGAGGGGCUUCAAACUGCUGGAGAAGGUGGUGGCAAUGUUUUCUUUUUUGUUUGUUUGUUUGUUUUUUGUCCAAUACGAGCUUUUAUUGAAACUGAACAUCAACAAAAAAAGAAGAAGAAGAAGCAAGGAGAACUUUUUUUGUAUGCCUGUAUAAACACUCACGUAACACAAGCCAACACCUAUGAUAAUUUACCCCGAGAGUCGAGGAAUACAGGGUCCUGUACAUACGUUUUUCUAAUUCUUUGUAGCAACAGUGUUUUGGGACUUGUUUCUUCUUUCUUUGGGACUCAUUUUAUUAUUUUAUUUUUUUUAUUCUUUUCUUUCAGUUUGUACAAAAAGUGAAGCAGUGAAGGCCUGUGAGACGUGUCGGUUAAACCGUUGUUACCUUUAUUUUUUUCAUUUGUUUUGCUGGUGUAGUUUCUAAAGAUUUUUGGGGGCGGUUAAUUCUUUUUAUUUUUAAUGGGGUUGGGAAUACAAGUCACAGCCUUCGGGAGACAAGUAAGAUUUGGAUUUGAGUUUCAGGGUUGAGAAUCUGGCCUCAACCAGAAUAUGCAAAACUUGGAGUCCAGAAAACACAUGGGGAGGGGGGGUGGG